CCCCGUCGCCACAUCUACUGCACGCGUCCAUCUCAAGAAAGAUCUCCAACCCAUUCCAGACGACUCGUCGACUACAUAAAUCACCGCAAAUAUGUCGACCGAACUCUGCCCUGCCUAUGCUCCCUUCUUCGGCGCGAUGGGCUGCACGUCAGCUAUCGUUUUCGCCUGCUUCGGCGCCGCCUACGGAACUGCCAAAGCCGGUGUUGGUGUCUCCGCCAUGGGUGUCCUCCGCCCUGACCUGAUCGUCAAGAACAUCAUUCCCGUCGUCAUGGCAGGUAUCAUUGGUAUCUACGGUCUGGUCGUGUCCGUGCUUAUCUCCAACGGCCUGAGCCAGCACUCUUCGCUGUUCACCAACUUCAUUCAACUCGGCGCUGGUCUUGCCGUUGGUUUGUCGGGUAUGGCGGCUGGUUUCGCCAUUGGUAUCGUCGGUGACGCUGGUGUACGAGGAACUGCCCAGCAGCCCAGGUUGUUCGUCGGAAUGAUCCUGAUUCUCAUUUUCGCUGAAGUCUUGGGUCUUUACGGACUCAUCGUUGCCCUGCUCAUGAACUCCAAGGCUGGUGGUGCCGAUGAGUGCUAGAUGAUUAUAUAGCCUACGAUUGCAGACGCGAUACGACAAUAUUUAUCUGCAAGAGACAAGUAUGGGCAUUGGUACAUCGAGUGCGACGAUAUGUUCUGUAUGCAUGGCGCGCACAGCUGACAUGUGCGGCAUGCUGUAAGUGUGCUAUAUGUAUCUCUUUGGAAGAACGGACAAAGACUGCUUCUACGACAAGGGAGCGAGAGGGGGGUAAAUAAUGGCACGGGCUGGCGUGCAUUUGGCAAUCCAUUUGACGGCGUGUAUUCUAGGGUCUCAUCAAUUUCAUUCUGCGCUUGUAAAACAAAAUGUAUGUGUCUUGUUGCUGUCCUGGUUUUGUGACGCGAGUUGCAACAUGUGUGCUUCAAGACUCUCAACACGAAUGUUUAUAACAAGGAUGCAAAUGUAGUAAAGACAACCUAGAAUUG